AUGACUCAAGUGUACACUGAAUUGUUUCUAGCUCACUUUGAUGCAAAUUUCAUGCCGCACAUAAGUGGUGAAGCUGGCUCCCUUGCAAGCGCCAUGAUGAAGCACGUUGCCAAAAGCUGCGACGCAUCGGCGUCCCGCGCGGGGUUGCGCUCAAGAAGACGACCUGUAAUAGAAGAAGCGCUCUAUCAAUAUAACGCUCCGAAAUUCCAAAACCGGUUGGGCGAUUGUGAGCCAUUUACUGUCGAUUUCAUAGCGGGACUCGUUUCGAAGGAGGCACGUCAACUACUCGAUCCAGGAUCACGUCCACGUCAAAAGCAAUUGCGAUACGAUCUGUUUACACGUCUGAAUCCACACAAACGACAAGUACUGUUAACUGGCGACCGCAACCGGCUGCUGACCUCGAACUUUAAUGCCAGCUGGCCAGUCAGAUUCUCCAUUCACGGCUGGAAUGGCCAAACGACUACCUGCUCGAAUGCCGCCAUCAAAGAUGCCUACCUCGCCGUGCACGAUUACAAUGUCAUUUUGGUCGACUGGACAGAUUACUCAUUGGACAUAAAUUAUAUACGCGUGGUUGCGGAAAUUUUCGAAAUCGCACGCAAAUUCAACGAGUUCACUCGUUUCCUGCACAACCAUACCGCCAUCCCGUUCAGUGAAAUGUACUUAAUAGCGCACAGCGCCGGCUGUCACAUAGCUGGUGUGGCUGGAAAAUUACUGCAACCAGACAAAUAUGGCGUCAUCUAUGCGCUCGAUACUUCCGGACCCAUUCACCGAAGGUUUGACGCGAAAUGGCGUCUCGCCUCAACGGAUGCCAUUUAUGUGGAGUCCGUACAAAGUGACGUAUCAUUAUUUGGCUUUCCCGCCGACAAUCUCGCACACGCUUCUUUCUAUCCCAACUGGGGUCUGGGACAAGCGCAUUGUCCGAAUGCAACGACAAUGGAACCAGACUUUACAUGCGAUCAUUUCGGUGCUUUGUAUUACUUUGUGGAGUCGUUGCAGAAUCCGUGGGCUUUUGGUGCAAUAAAGUGCAAGAAUUAUAAGAGCAUAGAAAACUACACAUGCGGCUGCGGUGCGCCGCAUUGUAGGGCGAGUGAUUUUAUGGGUGGUGAUCCAGCGGUGCCGAAGAAAGGCGUCUUUUACUUUAGCACGCGUAAGACAAUGCCCUACGGAUACGGCGAGAUAUGUCGAAUGAAAAGACCGAUCAAACCGACUAUAGCGAGGAUAUAA